UCUAUUCGAUUUACCAGCUUGUAAUAUUUCUUUUGGUGAUAUAAUAAAUUUACGUCUUAGUAACAUAAUAUUUGAGGAAUAGCGUGGUUUUAAAUAAUGAGAUAAAAGAAAUGUCUUCCUUAGUUACUGAAGUGCUGUCUUCUGCAGGAAAGCUUGAAAAAGACGACUUAAAUGCAAAGAUAGUAAGAAUAAGUAAAAGGAUAGAAGAUAUAAAACUUGAAGUGCAAGAGACUCUUCAGGGAAGACAUAAGGAAUUUCUGCCCCAUUUUGUAGAAACUGUUGAAUUAUCUAGCCACCUUAAUGAGGCUACUACUGAAGCAGACAUGCUUUUAACAAAGAUUGAGAAAGAGAUAAAACCACAGUUACACAAUGCAACUUGUGAGUAUCAAGAACUGACAAAGCAGUUGGAAGAAAGCUCAGUCCUAGUGGAUAUUGUUGCAAAGUUGGCAGAAAUUCAUGAAACUCUUGAGGCCGCAAAACAAGCACAAAAAAAGAAGGACUACUUAUCUGCUGCCACUAGCUUACAACAUAUUGAAAGUCUAAUAUCUCAGACCAAACAUGGGUGUGAAAAAGAUGUAGAUAUUUUACAAGCCAUGAAGACAGAGCAGUUGGUCAGAAAAGAAAAGCUUAAGUAUGACUUAGGAGAAAUUUGGAACCAACACAUUAUCUGGAGUGUACCAAAAUCUAAAGAUGAUCUUCCGUACAAAGUGGAACUGAAGUUGAUGACAUCAGGAAACAAAACGUUGGAAGAAAUUAGAAGUUUACUGCAAGCUUUGUAUUACAUGAAAGAGUUAGAGAAGAAGGUGAAGAAAUUGGGAACUAACUUAAUGACCCACGUGUUAGAAAUAGUAGUUUCUUGCCAAGUAGAUCUACAGAUUGAAAAAUCAAACGCUAGUGUGACCUUAGUUGUUGUCGUAAACAAGAAGGAACAUGCUGAGACUGCUCAAGUGUUUGAGAACCUGCAUACAGUAUUUAAAUUUUUAUAUGGCUCUUUCAUGAAGUUACAAGUAAAGAAAGAAUCAGAUGAAAAGUCUGAGACAUUGAUGUCUCUUCUUGGAAAACAAAUCAGUAGAGAAUUCUGUGAUUGCCUUAUCCAGGAUUGUCUCUCUCCUGCUAUCCCUAGUCACAGCAAGGAUCUGGAGGGAUACUCAAAAGUAAUAGAAUUAACAUCUAAUCUACAGGUGCAGUUAGAAACACUCGGUUUCCUGGAGGCUGGAAAUACCACAAUUUUAGAGUAUGCUCGAAAUGUGGACUCAUUGUUUGCAAACAAAAUGUGUCAGGAACUUUUAGUUUGUGCUCGUAAGCUGAUGAAGGAGGACUUACACGUCACUAUAACACUCCCAGAAAAAGAAGCUCUGUCAGAACCACUACCAAAAUUAGCCAGAAUUAAAGCUAUGCAGGAAGAAGACAAACUGACUAGCAUAGAAGAUAGACAUGAUCUUAGUAAAAAUGUUUUCCACUUUCCAAAAUGUCAGGUUAGCUCAUCGACAAAAAAGGUGCUGGAUUUGCUGCACGAAGUCUUGCAGGAAGCCAUCAAAAGUUCUCCUUCUUGUGCAGUACGACUUUUUUGCACAGCUCGAAACAUCUGCGAGUUAUACUGUGAUGUGGUUCCAGUGUAUCACAAGGAGAGUAUUACAACCUUACCACAACAGACAGGUUUGUUCAGAGAUGGAAGAAAAGAUUUUUUAUCACUUUCAUUAAUAGUUUUAAUAAGUACAUGUAAUUUGGCAUUUAUACCUGUAAGCCUACUUCAAGUAUGUCACGGACAAAAACCAUUCAUAGAAUUAAUUAUUGGUAAACUUUCCUUUUUGUCAGUAUUUCAGAACAUUGCUGAUGACAUAAGCCACCUUCCUGCAGCCGAAAGAGCUGUUAAACAGUGUAUCCAUCACCUGCAGCUGCUUCAGCGGGUCUGGAAGGAUGUUCUACCUGAGAGUGUGUUUUCUCGGGUGAUGGGUACACUCCUUAACUCGGUGCUUGAAGAGAUAAUUGUCCAUAUCACGGCAUUAGAAGACAUAUCUGAAGAAGCAGGCAUACACUUGGUGUCACUUUUUGGAAUUAUCACUGAUCAGGCACCAGGCCUCUUCAAAAUAGGAGAUGAAGAUGUAUCAGUGAUGCAAGUACACAAGAAUGUCCCUAGAUGGCGCAAGUUUCAAGAGUUGCGACUGAUUCUUGGGGCAAACAUGCGAGAGAUAGUGGAUCGAUGGGCUGAUGGAAAAGGACCUGUUGCAUUAGACUUUACUGCAGAGGAAAUAAAACAGCUUAUUCGAGCACUCUUUCAGAACACAGAACGAAGAGCUGCGGUGUUGGCUAAGCUACGUUAACUGAAGUUCAAGUUUACAAGAAUGUUCCCAGGUGGUGCAAGUUUUAGGAAUUGUAACUAACUCUUAAUGAGCUAAUGGGAAAGGACCUGUUGCAAUUAAACUCAACUGGAGAGGUAGUAAGACAGCUUAUUGAAGCAUUCUUUCAGGGCACAGAGCAGAAAGCAUUGGUGUUAGCUAAGCUGCAUUAACCAGAAUUUUAUUUGUGUGUGUGUGUGUUCCAUUACAAAUAAAUAAAAUAGUUAUCAAAACGAAUCUAAUCAAGAAAUUCAAACUGUGGUUCUUUUUUCAUUUGGUCAUUUAUUUGAAAUGAGCAUAAUAAUGCUUUUCAAUCUUAUUAAUUUACUAUUACCAAUGUCCCAAGUCUAAGAGUAGGUUGUCUAUUGAGUGUUCUUAAAACCAAGCAUGUUUUUCCAUCUGUUUUGUUUGCGAUUGUGAAUAAUUUUCUGUUGUAGGUCAAAUGAUUCAACAGCUGCAAAUCAGAUUAAAUAAUGAUUGAAAA